AAGUAAUUUUGACUUAACCAAUUGGUUGUAAUCGAUUCUGUGUUCGAAGCAUUUGAAAAAUGGCGGGUCAGAAUCAAGGAGGAGUAAAUAUGGAUCAAUUUGAGGCGUUUUUUAAAAGGGAAGAUUUGGAUCAUGAUGGUCGGAUUAGUGGUGGCGAAACCGUCGCUUUUUUUCAAGGAUCUGGCUUGAAUAAACAAAUUCUUGCUCAGAUAUGGAUGCGCGCCGAUCAGAAUCGUGGUGGUUUCCUUGGUUUUCAAGAGUUUUUUAAUGCACUCAAACUGGUAAGAGUUGCACAGUCUAAGCGAGAAUUGACCCCAGACAUUGUCAGGUCAGCAUUGCAUGGACCAGCUGCAUCCAGGAUCCCUCCCCCACAAAUAAAUCUUCCACCUGCUCCUACACCUCAGUCAUCUUCCGUGUCUAGUUCACUUGCAAUGCAGAUGGGUUCUGGGAUGCCUCCUGCGUCACAAAAUCUUGGUUAUAGAGGACCUUUACCUCCUAACCAGAACAUGCAGCAGCAAUAUUUCCCACCUCCAGGGAACCAGUUAAUGAGGCCCGCUCAAGGCCUUCCUUCUAGUUCUGCUUCACUUCCUAUUCAAAGUGGCCAUGGUCUUCCUAAUUCAGGUGUCUCACCAACUGGGGUUCCAAACUCUGGCUUGUCAAUUCCUGGUCGUCCAAGCCUAGGCAUGUCGACCCCUGGUUUUCCAAGCUCGGACAUGUCGAAUCCUGGUUUUCCAAGCGCGGGCAUGUCGAAUCCUGGUUUUCCAAGCUCCGGCAUUUCUGGAAUGUCUCCAUCUGUUGUUCCAAGUUCAGGAAUAUCAACUCCUGGUCAUCCAAACACUAGUGUCUCAUCCAAUUGGAUGGGUGGAAACAUGAGUGGGGUUCCAUAUGGACACAUGUCUCAGGUUCCUAAUAAGGGGACUACUCCAUCAACACCACAAAAUAUGCCAGUGACCUCUCAAACUGCACACAACAGUUUUAAUGCAUCUGCUGCUUCUCCUUCCAAUCCAGUUUCUGGAGGUGACCCUUUUGCUGCCUUUUCAAUGAGCAAACCAGGUGCUUCUCCAGCAACAUCUUCGGCUAUAGUUCCUGUAUCCUUUUCACCUCCAGCAUCCUCUAUGACGACCUCAUCAGCAAUUGUUCCGGUAGCCUCUGCAACUCAGCCUCCAUUAAGAUCAAAUUCUCUUGAUUCAACAGAUUUACAGAGCGCCUUUGUGAAGCAACCUGUGGGGGUGGUCAGCCACAAGCUUUUCUCAAAUCCGUCUCAGUCUUUAUCUCAAGCUAGUUUCUCUGGUGUUUCACCCGGUAAGUCUACAUUAGAACAAUCCCAGCCACCAUGGCCAAAGAUGACUACUCCUGGUAUUUAGAAAUAUACCAAAGUAUUCAUGGAGGUUGACACUGAUCGAGAUGGAAAAAUCACCGGUGAACAAGCACGUAACCUGUUUCUGAGCUGGAGACUACCAAGAGAGGUUUUAGAGCAGGUGUGGGACUUAGCUGACCAGGAUAAUGACAGCAUGCUAUCAUUGAGGGAGUUCUGCAUAGCCCUAUAUUUGAUGGAGCGGUAUAGAGAAGGCCGUCCCCUUCCAUCUUCACUUCCCAAUAACAUAAUGUUUGAUGAAGCUCUGAUGCGGGUGCCAGGUCUUCCAAAUUCAUCGCAUGGUAAUUCAGCCUUGGGAGCAACAUCUGGUUACAGGCCAGUACCGGGAAGCCUUGCUUCUUCACCUGUGGUGCCUGCAGCUGGUUUAAGUCCAGUCAUGCAGCCAUCUCUUCAGCCUGACAUGACCGGACAAUUCCAGCAGCCAAAGUCAAGAGCAUCUGUAUUGGAUAAUUCCCAAGCAAACUAUUUCUGUGAAGGUUAGAAGAAUAUAAAUGCUCCAGAAACAAAUUAUGUGGAAAAUAAGGUUGAAAAGGCGAAGAAAGUAUAUCUAGAUUCCAGGGAAAAGCUUGAGUUCUACCGUGCAAAAAUGCAGGAACUUGCUGGCAACCUGGAAUUCAAGAAGAAGCUUCUAUCUGGGAUGAAGAAUGGGACAAGUUCGAAGAUGAAGGUAAGUGCAGGACUUGUGCAUUUGUGGUGCUUGAGAAAGGGAGAAAGUAAGUGUUUAAUCAUUUUGAUUAUUUCAAAUUGACACACAAAAUAUCUGAGAUCCACAUUAUUCGAGAAUGGAACAUACUCUGAUGAUGAUGAAUUUAGCCCUGAUUCCUCAUCAAAUCAGAGAAGCAAUAUAGUAAAGGUGAACAUGCUCUUUUAUACAGUGAAGAUGAUUCAGCAAGAAGCCCACAUGGAAAAGCCCAGCACAAGAUUUUCAGAUAUUUUUGCUCAGAGUGAAGCCUGUUUGAAUCUGGUAGGUUUGAUUUAAGUCCUCGAACAGAUUCUCCACAAGGGGGCAGCAGUUACAAUAAAAGAAGCCCAUUUGCUGACUCUGUGCCAUCGUUCCCCAAGUCUGGUAACUCUCUAAGAUACAGCAGCAAGUCUGGGGACAACUUGUUUGACAAUUAUUCAAGAAGGUUUGAUUCCUUCCAUAUGAAUAUGAAUAUGAAUAUGAAUAUGAAUGAAAGCAGCCACCACGUGAGAAUCUUACAAGGUUUGUUGACUCCAUAAGUCCAUAAGCAGCAACAGGAGUCGAGGAUUUAAUUUUCUUUUGCUUCCCUGCAUAGUUAACCUCUCUCUGCCAGUCUAUUGACUUUCAACAACAAUAUCUUUUUGCUCUUUAUCAGCAAGAAGAUCUAACCUGAACUUCUUGAGCGAAUUUCAUGGUGUUCAUACUUCAUAAAAUCAGUUGCGAUGAUACCAGGAAGACAUAGAAUAGGUUAAGGGAUAGCGGAACAAAGGUAAAAAUUGAGCCAAUAUUCAGGGUUUUAAUGGCGUCAACGAAGGAGCAAUGGCAGAAAGAAUUGAAAUUUGGAGUUAUAAUUAGAAUCAGAGGGAGGGGACAAAUCAAUGUUGUUGUAGUAAUAUGUCAAGUGGCAUGGAACUAAAAGGAGUAAUGUGACCGUGGAGUUUGCUAACUUCGGGUGUUUAUUUUUCUUCAAUUGUUAACGUUGGGUUUUAUAAAACAUCUUCAUUUUAUAUCUAAUUUUUUUCAUA